AGAAAAUGGAGAAAUAUCUUCAUCACAUCCAAUUGGGGGUGUUCAUCGCAUUCGUAGGCCUCGCAUUUCAAGCUCAAACGGGCUUCGCCGAGAGUGAGUCGGUCAAUCUUCAGCCCUACUUUGACUUCAACGUUCACCGCAAUAUCACCGUACCCCUGGGCCAGACGGCAUUUCUGCAUUGUCACGUGGAGAGGCUUGGCGACAAGGGCGUCUCCUGGAUUCGGAAACGGGAUCUGCACAUCCUGACUGUGGGCCCGCUCACCUACACGUCCGAUGAGCGCUUUCAGAUUUACGAUCUGAAGAACUCCACUCAAUGGAAUCUGAUGAUUAAAUACGCCCAAAAGCGCGAUUCCGGGGUGUACGAGUGCCAGAUCAACACGGAGCCGAAGAUGUCCUUGUCGUAUACUUUAAACGUUAUUGAACUGAAAGCUGAUAUAUUGGGUCCAUCAGAUCUCUAUGUGAAAUCUGGCAGUGAUAUAGAUUUAAUUUGUAAACUUUCGCAUCGCUUGGCGGAUGGUGCCAAUUUGUUCUGGUACAAAGACGGUGAUAUUUUGGAGGCGGCAACGAAUGCAAAUGAAAUUUCCAGUGACACCUCCAAGAGGAUUUCGGCGGACACAGACUGGACUGACGGAUUAACAUCCAGAGUGACCAUCCGACGCGCAGUUCCGAGCGACACGGGGAAUUACACCUGUAAUCCUUCCUUGGCGAGGCCCGCCAGCGUCUACGUUCACGUCAUUAUCGGCGAACACCCCGCGGCGAUGCAGCACAACGCGGCGUCACCCUUGCGCCCCUGGCUGUGGUGCACGAGCUUCCUCGUCAGCGUGAUCACGAGCCUCGCCAGCGCCAGAUGAAACGGCCCAAUGGCGGCAGCGUAAAUUGCAGUCCCGCGGGUGUGCGAAUUGCAAGAUGGAACACUGAUGGUGUGAUCGUUUCGGUAGUUGUGAAUUGCCACUGAAAGUGCGCAAAUGUCUCGACAUGGCGUGUGAUUGUUGUGUUAUCAAGACAAUGGAUAAAAUAUAUGUAUAACUUUCUCUAGCGUGAAGACUGAUACGGACUAAUUGAGUUUUUCAAUUUGCACUAUAUAUAGUUUAUCAUGAUUUUACACCCCAUCUUUUGACCACUUGAAAGUAUAUGCAUAGCAAUGUUUAUUACCUCCCUGUUGGCUAUAUUCAGAAAGUUUAGGACGUGAACACACGAGCAUGAAUGCAUAAAUCCUCCCUGGCCUCCACAAUCGCGGGAAUGUGAGUUGAAGCAAACACACACACACACAUGAGUUAAUUCUGGAAAAUUGUAGUGAAAUGAGGAAGAGUGUCUAGUUUUAUACUUUCGACUCACAUUGUGGAUAAAGAAGCCGUUGUAAAAAUGAUGAUAAUACAUCUUAGGAUAAAUAGAAUGUGAACAAAUCUUCGUGUCUCUAUAUUAGAGAUAGAUUGAUGAAGACAUUGAUGGAGUGUAUGCAGAACAGUGUAAAAAAAAAAGAAUUAUAAGUAUUAUUAAAAAUGAUUAAG